AGUAAAGUAAACUUCUGUUCUCAUCUCUGCUGGACAAAACACAAAAUUCGACACCAUCGAAAAUUGAGUCAAUCGUAACGUCCUACAAUAAACUUGUUUCACAUCAUUAGCGUUACAAUUCAGUGCGCCUUGUUUGUUUUCCACCAUGAUCGUGUAUAAGGACAUGAUUACUGAGGAUGAAAUGUUCACAGACUCUCACUGUCCUCGUGUUGUUGCGGAUUUCUUUUAUGAAGUCGAAUCGAGGUUUACGACAGUUUCAAGUAAGGUGGAUGGGAGACUUAUUGGCGCCAACCCAUCUGGUGAGGGUGGAGACGAUGAAAAUGUGGAUGAUACGAGUAAAAGGGUCAUUGAUUUAGUUCACGCUAAUGGUUUCAUUAGUGUUUCUUACGACCUAAAAUCAUACAAAGCGCAACUUUAUUCGUAUUUAAAAGCUAUAACACAACGUUUACAAAAGACUGAUCCAGACAAGAUACCCUUACUUAAGAGUCAGGUCAACAAGUACAUGAAAGAGGUCUUUGAAAACUUUGACCAAUAUGAAUGUUUCACGGGGCCAUCAACUAAUCCUGAAGCCAUGGUAGUUUUGAUGAACUUCCGUGAGGACGGUAUGACACCAUACUUCGUUUUCUUCAAGGAUGGAUUAAUUCAGGAAAAAUAUUGAGGCGCUUCGUCUUCGGGAACUUGGAAUUCAUGAACUUCAUCUUGUAAUUUACAAAUACAAUGUGAUAUGUUUCUG